AUGGCUUCCUUCUUCCAAGUCCUUUCAGCCUUUCUUCUCCUCUCGUCUGCUCUCACCAGCUCGUUUGCUUCUCCCCAUCACUCUAGUCUUGCAGAAUCUUCGUCCACUGAUCAUGCUGCAGCUACCACCACAGCAGCAGCAGGCGAACCUGCUACAAACGAGAUUCUCUCAAACGAGGAUUCUGCAGCACCAAGGCGGGUGAUCUUUGGCAAGUUCCCCGACCCCAUCUGCAAGCGCUUUGGCGGAUGCAGCGAACCCAUUGACCCCAUUGACCCCGUUGACCCCGUCCUCCUUCCAUGCAAGCCGCCACGUCAACCAUCUAUUGCAACGGGAGUUGCUGUCUUGGCAACUCCCCCCGUUGCUGUGGCGGAAAGUGCUGCCUGGGAGGCGAAUCCAUAG